AUGUUACAAGCAAACGAGGUUAUCUCCAAAACUUUAUUAACCAUUGAUCAAUACAAGGGAAAUUUGAAGUCGUUCAAACAUGCAAUUUCAGAGGGGGAAUAUGCUCCAACAAACGAUGUGUUUUCGAGGCUUUUGCUAUGGAAAGUAUGCUUGAUAACAGACAGUUUAAAUAUUCAAAAUUGGGAAUCUACAUUAAGUCAAUCUAGAGUGAUCUACCACCAGCUUGCGAAGCAACAUGAUAUGAUAAUCCCAUGGUGGAAAUUGAGUCCCGAUAGUGCAUUUUAUCAAAGUAAAGAGGUUUCUAGAGCAUCCAGCGUCAAAAGGGCUAGGUCGGUGAGAAGAACUGCAAGCUUGAAAAAGAGUAGCUUGCGUAAAAGUAUUGACGUGGCAGAUCCACUCCAAAGUUUAAGUUUGUCACCCAGCAGUUCUACUAAAGGUCGUUCAACUAGCUCUAUUUCAGAGAGCGAUGAGGAGUUGCUUGACACAAUAAUAUUAGAUGUAGAAAGAUUAUUUCCAGGGGAAGAAUUUUAUCAUUCUCCGAAUCAGAAUGCAUUAACAUCUAAACGACAAAUAAUAAGCAUUUUGUACGUUUGGUCAAAAUGCAACCCGCAUGUCAGGUACAAGCAAGGAUUUCAUGAAAUAUUAGGGUUGAUAUAUUAUAAUUUGCAUAAAGAAUCAGUAGUAAUUCCAAGUUCAAAUACGUUAUCAAAGACGGAUUUCAGCAUUUUAAAUUUAUUUGAUUUACAUUAUUUAUGUCAUGAUGCUUUUACUAUUUUCAACAAGUUCAUGCUUCAAAGUGGUAUUAUUUCAAGUUUUUACGAAAAUGAAGACGUAUUGUGGAAGUCUAUUGAAUCGUUUAAUGUAUACUUGAUGAAAGUGGACCAAUUGAUACAUUAUAAUUUAAUUAGCAAAUUAAAGCUAGAAUCACAACUUUGGAUCAUACGUUACUUAAGGUUGCUUCUUUUACGAGAAUUCGGCAACGACUUAAAAGAGAUUAACUUAAUUUGGGAUAAAUUAAUUACAAUUCAACCAAAACAUCAUAAUGAAGACCCUAUCAAGGCAAUUCCGGACAUCGUUAUAUUUAUGAUUAUUGUUCUUUUAAUACGAUUAAAGUCUGAGCUUAUAGUUUGCGAUUUCGGCGAAAGCUUAUCGCUCUUGUUGCACUAUCCGACUCUUCUGAAAUCUAGCUCGCUGUCCAAACAAGAUUUUUCUAAAGGUUUAGUCUCGGAUGCUCUUGCUUUAUAUGAAAUUAGAAACGAUGAUCUCAAGUUGUAUGAAUAUGGUAUCAAGUUGAAUGCUAAGUUCAAUCCAAAUCUCAAGAUCACGAUGAGUUUUAAUGGUUCAAGAACUAAAGAAGGACAACUGAAUAACUCUUCUCCCAGGCCAUCCAUUGACACCAGGGCUGAACAGUUGAAAUUUGAAAAGUAUAGAUUAGAAAUGAGAUUGAAAAAGAAAGCCCAGCAGCUGCUAUCAAGGUCUUCAUAA